CUGUCCUUGGGAAUGCGCUGGAGGAGCGAGACGUGGUUCUCUGGGAACAGCGCUCUGCAGAGGUGCUUCGCUCGGCUCCCCGGUCCUGCCUGUCCCCAGGCCGGCGGGGCGCCGCGGAGCCCCCUGGUACCGUGCGGUAACUGCAUCCCCGCAGCGGCUCUUUGGGAUGCUCGGGCUCCCUGCGUGGUCCUCACGCCCUCCAGGAGCUGAGCAGGCACUUUUACCAGAGUCUGCUUAAUCCCCAGGCAGCUGCUUCACCUUCAAGCCUAUGAACGAUGCUCGGGCAGCAGAGGAAAUGGGCCAGUUUCCAAAACCCUGCACGAUGUCCUGAGCUCCCAGCAGCAGCAAGACCAGCCCUUCCUGAGCGCUGGACCUAAAGGUGAGGGAGGCCAUGGUGUGACCCUGGCUGUCACUGAUGCACGCGGUGCCUGUGGGCCCGGGCCGAGAGCGAGGGAGCCCCCGCCAUGGGCAGCAGCCGCUUCCCCUCCGACGGCUGAGGGCCCCGUGCAUCCGCUCCCUGCGCUUCAGGACCAGGGCUUCGUGGCUGCCGCAGCAUGGUACAAUCCUGCCUGGUGUGUUCCAGAGGUCCUAGCUGCAGUCUGACCGCGCGGGCGGCCGGGACAGCCAUGGACAAGGACAAGGACAAGGACAAGCCCAGUCCCCCUGCCAAGAAGCAUGUGCGCCUGCAGGAGAGGAGGGGCUCCAACAUGUCGCUGAUGCUGGACAUGAGCCUGCUGGGGAGCGUGGAGCCCAUCCAGCCCGUCUGCACGCCGCGGGACAUCACCCUGCAGUUCCUGAGGACAUCCAGCCACGUGCUGCGGACAGAGGAGCUCCAGCAGCGCACCCAGAGCCUGACACAGCUCCAGGAGGAGUUUGCGAAAAUCCCACCCAACUUUGUGAGUCCGGAGGAGCUGGAGAUCCCUGGCCGUGCCUCCAAGGACAGAUACAAAACCAUCCUCCCCAAUCCUGAGAGCCGGGUCUGCCUCCGGAGGGCAGGGAAGCAGGAGGAAAGCAGCUACAUAAAUGCCAACUACAUCACGGGCUAUGCAGGACGGCCCCGGGAGUACAUUGCCACGCAGGGACCCAUGCUGAACACCGUGAGCGACUUCUGGGAGAUGGUGUGGCAGGAGGAGGUGCCCCUCAUCAUCAUGAUAACCGAGCUCCAGGAGCACAAGGAGAAAUGUGUCCACUACUGGCCCCAGAAGGAGGGCACCUACGGCCCCUUCACCAUCCGUGUGCAGGGGGUGAGCGACUGCGCGGAGUACGUGGUGCGGGAUCUCUCCAUCCAGCUCGAAGGUGAAUGCCGCCAGGUCAAACACAUCCUCUUCCCUUCCUGGCCGGACCAGCAGACGCCUGGGUCAGCCAAGCCCUUGCUGCACUUGGUGUCCAAGGUGGAGGAGACUCUGCAGGCUGCAGCCAGCCCAGGACCCAUCGUUGUGCACUGCAGCGCAGGCAUCGGGCGGACAGGCUGCUUCAUCGCAACCAGGAUCGGGUGCCAGCAGCUGAAGGACAAGGGGGAGGUGGAUAUCCUGGGAAUCGUGUGCCGUCUCCGCAUGGACAGAGGCGGGAUGAUCCAGACGAGCGAGCAGUACCAGUUUCUCCAUCACACACUGGCUCUCUACGCUUCCCAGCUGCUGGAGGCGGGAUGCUGCUAGCUCCCACCGGAGCAGCAGCAGGAGCAUCCCUCAGGAUGAGCAAACCCGUGGGGACUCUGUGACCCUGGGGACGAGCAAGGCUCGACAGGUUCACCUGAGGGAUUCCGUGGGUGCUUGAGGUGCCCGUUGCUGCUGGCUCAAGGCAGAUUUCACCUACGGAAAAAGGCUUUGGCUUUCGAAAGGAUCAACGGGAGCCUCCCCAGGCAGUGCAGAGGAGCUGAAGCCGGAUGAGCACUGGGAGCACUGUUUGCCUUUUAGCUCCAUGGGGAUGCUCUCCCCGUGAGACCCAGAGCUGGCAGAAUCACCCUGCAAAUAACCAGAGCAUCACCUGUGGGCAGCGCUGGGCUUGCUCCAAACACGCGCUGCGAUGCUCUUCUUACUAAAGACACCCCUCGAUGAUGUGGUACAAGAGGGCUGCAGUUGGUUGCUUUCAUGACAAGGCUUGCUUUCCUCUCCACCUUCAGCCAACACCUUCUCAACAGCCUUAAAGUAGGGGAGGUUCCUACGUGCAUCUUCAACUCCACAAGCGAUGCGUACCCGAUCACCUUCUGUUACACAGGGAAGAGGGUUUGAAUUGUU